AUGAUAAAAUUAUUAGUUUCAAUUUUAAUGAUUUUAUUAUUAAAUAAUUUAGUUGAAUCAAAAUGUGAAGAUUUUGAAAAUUGCCCAACAUUUUUUGUUGAAAGCCUUAAUAUUAUUGCCAACACUUAUGGAUCAGUUAUAACAGUGAAUGGUGUUGAUUUUGGAUCCGAUGUUAUUGGCGAAACUAUUAUUGUGGAAGAUAAUAUUGAUGGAGGUGGAGCAUCAGUUAAAGUUUUAGUACCAGAUUCAACAUUGGAAAUUGAUAUACCAGCAGGCCAAUCAGAUAAAAACUUUACAAUUAUCGCAUACUUUUUAGAUUAUAAUUAUAAUCAAACAUUUAAUUAUACAUAUGAAAAACCAGUUAUUUCUUCAUACACUUUCAAAAUGAAAAGAGAUAAUAAUAACCAAAUUAUUUCUGGCAGUGGUGAAUUAUCAAUUAUUGGUAAAGGUUUUAGUUAUAAAUUAGAGAAUAAUGUUACAUUGAAUGGUCAAAUUUAUAAAGCUUCAAAAGCUAUUAAUGGUUCUAUUACAUUGACUGAUUCAAUUAAUCCAACAAAUUAUUUAGAUAAAGGUGGUAAAUUUGAAAUUAUGAUGAAUGUUGGAGGCCAAAUAUCAGAGUCUGUUACAUUUUAUUUAUUUGAGGAAUUGUCAAUCACAAAUAUUCCAAAAUUAAAUAUUACAGGUGGUAAAUCAAAUUUGAAUGGUUCUUUUAAAACAUCAUUUCCAAAUUUAUUGAAUUUAAAAAUCAAUAAUAUUCCAUGUGAAAUCGAAUCAAUUGAUGCAAAUAAUUUAGUAUUUAAAUAUCCAUCGGUUUCAAAGUCUGGAAAAUAUCCACUCACAGUUUCUUUUGGUGAUGAGUCAAUUUCUCAAGACGUUGAAUAUGUAAUCUUUGAUAAUGAUAAUGAUGAUGAUGAUUCUGAUGACGAUGAUAGACCAUCAAAUUCAAAUGUUUUAUCUUAUUCUUUAAUUUUAAUUUCUUCAAUAUUAUUUAUAUUAAAAUUAAUAAUUUAA